UGUUGAUGGUAUCCAAUGGAGAUUGUGAGGCAGAAGGUAUUAACUACUGUGACUCCACAAACCUGCAUCUUUAAUCUGCACCACCACCUUUUUCAUCUUUCCACCGUUUAUUUUAAUCUGCUCUCAUUUAAUGUUUGUAUCUGACUGUGUAUUAACCACAAGGUGUCUUUGGUCGCUCCAGGAGCCCUGUAACAAGCGGGUGAAGCCUCUUUCUCGGGUUACAUCGCUGGCCAACCUCAUACCUCCAGUCAAGGCUGCACCUCUGAAGCGCAUCGGACAAACACUGCAGGUACAACAGUACACCACAUAGUCUGUCGGGGCGGCUCGGGGCGUCAGGUAGCUUAGUGGUUAAGAGCAUUGUGCCAGUAACCGAAAGGUCGCUGGUUCUAAUCCCCGAGCCGACUAGGUGAAAAAUCUGUCGAUGUGCCCUUGAGCAAGGCACAACCCUAAUUGCUCCUGUAAGUCGCUCUGGAUAAGAGCGUCUGCUAAAUGACUAAAAUGUAAAUGUAGUCUACUGAAAUAACUAUUCUGACAAAUAUGAGCACAUAGGACAAACACUACAGGUACAGAUAGUGUCAAAUAUAAUUGGUAACACUUGAACUUAGCCUGAAGGUAUGAUGCAGUAAUAAUGCAUUGUAAGACUUGUCAUAAGAACAGUGCCUUCAGAAAGUAUUCACACCCCUUGACUUUUUCCAGAUUUUGUUUUGUUACAGCCUGAAUUUAAAAUGGAUUAAGUUUUUAUUUUUGGUCCCUGGCCUACACUCAAUACCCUAUAAUGUCAAAGUGGAGUUAUGUUUUUCAAAAUGGUUACAAAUUAAUACAAAAUGAAAAGUUGAAAUGUCUUGAGUCAGUAAGUAUUCAACCCCUUUGUUAGGGGAGCCUAAAUAAGUACAGGAAUAAACAUUUGCUUAAAAAGUCACAUACAGUGCUUUCAGAAAGUAUUCAGACCCAUUGACUUUUUCCACAUUUUGUUAUGUUACAGCCUUAUUCUAAAAUUGAUUAAAUUGUUUUUAUUCCUCAUCAAUCUACACACAAUACCCCAUAAUGGCAAAGCAAAAACACGUUUUUAGAAAUUAUUGCAAAUGUUUAAAAUAUAAAAAAAGGAAAUGUCAUAUUUACAUAAGUAUUCUGACCCUUUACUCAGUACUUUGUUGAAGCACCUUUGGCAGCGAUUACAGCCUUGAGUCUUCUUGGGUAGGACGCUACAAGCUUGGCACACAUUUAUUUGGGGAGUUUCUCUCAUUCUUCUUUGCAUUCAGAAACUUGUCCCGAAGCGUUGUCCUGGCUGUGUGCUAAGGGUUGUUGCCCUGUUGGAAGGUGAACCUUCACCCCAGUCUGAGGUCCUGAGUGCUCUGGAGCAGGUUUUCAUCAAGGAUCUGUCUGUACUUUGCUCCGUUCAUCUUUCCCUCAAUCCUGACUAGUCUCCCAGUCCCUGCCGCUGAAAAACAUCCCCACAGCAUGAUGCUGCCACCACCAUGCUUCACCGUAGGGAUGGUGCCAGGUUUCCUCCACACGUGACGUUUGGCAUUCAGGCAAAGAGUUCAAUCUUGGUUUCAUCAGAACAGAGAAUAUUGUUUCUCAUGGUCUGAGAGUCUUAAGGUGCCUUUUGGCAAACUCCAAGUGAGCUGUCAUGUGCCUUUUACUGAGGAGUGGCUUCAGUCUGGCCACUCUAUCAUAAAGGCCAGAUUGGUAGAAUGCUGCAGAGAUGGUUGUGUUUCUGGAAGAAUCUCCCAUCUCCACAGAGGAACUCUGGAGCUCUGUCAGAGUGACCAUUGGGUUCUUGGUCACCUCCCUGACCAAGGCCCUUCUCCCCCGAUUGCUCAGUUUGGCCGGGCGGCCAGCUCUAGGAAGAGUCUUGUUGGUUCCAAACUUCUUCCAUUUAAGAAUGAUGGAGGCCACUGUGUUCUUUGGGACCUUCUAUGCAGCAGAAUUUUUUUGGUACCCUUUCCCAGUUCUGUGCCUCGACACAAUCCUGUCUCGGAGCUCUACAGACAGUUCCUUCAACCUCAUGGCUUGGUUUUUGCUCUGACAUACACUGUCAACUGUGGGACCUUAUAUAGGCAGGUGUGUGCCUUUCCAAAUCAUGUCCAAUCAAUUGAAUUUACCACAGGUGGACUCAAAUCAAGUUGUAGAAACGUCUCAAGGAUGAUCAAUGGAAACAGGAUGCACCUGAGCUCAAUUUCGAGUCUCAUAGCAAAGGGUCUGAAUACUUAUGGAAGUAAGGUAUUUCUGUUUUUUAUUUUUAAAACCUGUUUUCGCUUUGCCAUUAUGGGGUAUUGUGUGUGGAUUGAUGAGGGAAAAAAUAAUGUAAUCAAUUUUAGAUUAAAGCUGUAACGUAAGAAAAUGUGGAAAAAAUCAAGGGGCCUGAAUACUUUCAGAAUGCACUGUAAGUUGCAUGGACUCACUCUGUGUGCAAUAAGUGUUUAAAAUUAUUUAUUUAAUGACUACCUCAGCUCUGUACCCCUCACAUAUAAUUAUCUGUAAGCUAUCUCAGUCGAGCAGUGAAUUUCCAACACAGAUUCAACCACAAAGACCAGGGAGGUUUUCCAAUGCCUCGCAAAGAAGGGCCCCUAUUGGUAGAUGGGUAAAAAUAAAAAUAAAAAACCAGACAUUAAAUAUCCCUUUGAGCAUGGUGGAGUUAUUAAUUACACUUUGGAUGGUGUAGCAAUACACCCAGUCACUACAAAGAUACAGGCGUCCUUCCUAACUCAGUUGCCGGAGACGAAGGAAACUGCUCAGGGAUUUCACCAUGAGGCGAAUGGUGACUUUAAAACAGUUGGAGUUUUUUGGCUGUGAUAGGAGAACUGAGGAUGGAUCAACAACAUUGUAGUUAUUCCACAUGAGGAUGGAUCAACAACAUUGUAGUUAUUCCACAAUACUAACCAAAAUGACAGAGUGAAAAGAAGGAAGCCUGUACAGAAUACAAAUAUUCCAAAACAUGCAUCCGGUUUGCAGUAAGGAACUAAAGUAAAACUGCAAAAAAUUUGGUAAAGAAAUUAACUUUAUGUCCUGAAUACAAAGCGUUAUGUUUGGGGUAAAUCCAACACAACACAUCACUGAGUACCACUCUUCAUAUUUUCAAGCAUAGUGAUGGCUGCAUCAUGUUAUGGGAGUGCUCGUCAUCAGUUAGGACUAGGGAUUAUUUUAGGAUAAAAAGAAACUGAAUAGAGCUAAGCACAGGCAAAUUCCUAGAGGAAAACCUGGUUGUCUGCUUUCCAACAGACACUGGGUGACAAAUUCACCUUUCAGCAGCACAAUAACCUAAAACACAAGGCCAAAUAUACACUGGAGCUGCUUACCAAGACGAGAUUGAAUGUUCCUGAGUGGCCUAGUUAGAGUUUUGACUUAAAUCGGCUUGAAAAUCUAUGGCAAGACUUGAAAAUGGCUGUCUAGCAAUGAGCAACUUGACAGCUUGAAUAAUUUUACAAGAAUGUGCAAGUAUUGUACAUUCCAGGUGUCCAAAGCUCUUGGGGACUUAACCAGAAAGAAUCACAGCAGUAAUCGCUGCAAAACGUGAUUCUAACAUUGAUGUAGGGGUGUGAAUACUUAUGUAAUUGAGGUAUUUCAUUUUCAAUACAUUUGCAAAUCUUUCUAAAAACAUGUUUCCACUUUGUCAUUAUGGGGUAUUUAUUGUGUGUAGAUGGGUUAGAGAGAAAUAAAUGUAAUCAAUUUUGAACUUGGGCUGUAACACAACAAAGUGGAAUAAGUCAAGGGGUAUGAAUACUUUCUGAAGACCCUGUCUGUAUGACCCCCUUAUAAUGUCUUAUCAUCUCAUAAUGACUAAAUAACAGCCAUUUUGAGUCAAUGCAAUUGAAAUUACACCACAUAAUAUUCUACCAAAAAAAAAAACAUGAAUAGUGUGAUUGGCCGACCUAGAAGGUCCAACCAUAGCCAGCUCAGCUGUUAUGUUCUAAGUACAAAUCGAUCACUUUCCAGAACAUCAUCCACUAAGUAAGCCAGCCCUCCUCUGACCUGUGUUUGAUUUCAUACUCUUCUCUCAAUCACUCACACAGUACUACUCACCUUCCUGUAUGUCUCUCUAUUCCGCAGCGUUCCAUCAGCUUCCGCAGUGAGAGACGGACAGAGUCGGUCAUGCCUCCCAGACCAUGGACGCGGCCGGCCCCGCCUGCCAAUACCAAGCGGCGUAACAGCAAGCUGUGGAGCGAGACCUUUGAUGUGCGGCUUGGACACCAGAUGCUGUCGUCCAAGGAGAUCAAUCGCCAGGAGGUGAGGAAAGCUUUUCAACAGGGGUAGUAUGGGAGGUUACUAUGUCAGAGCACGGCUACUAACACUAGGGUAACCUUGUCUCCAGAGAGCCGGCUUAUGGACGAGACUAUCAGGGUUACAAAGGGAGUACACAGUUACUAUCAAAGGAAUAUAAAUACUGUCAAGACUGUUGUAUAUGCACCUGUAUAGUUUAUUGCAACGUUUUGACAGGAAGGUUUGUCUGGCUUUGAUUUCAAGGAUUUCAACUGACAUUAAAAUGGAGGCCAUGUCAUAAACUUUUAGAAUAGCAUGGCUAUACCAAGGAUGUGCAUCUCCUAGAAUGCAUGGAAGACUUUAGAUUGAGGGCCCAUAGCAAAAUCCAAAACCAGAGAGAGAGAAAAUCCCUAGAUCCGAGUCCAGGGAUGGGCAGCUGGCUGCCUUUUUAAUAGGCCCAUUGAUGAAUUUCCAAAAACCGGGCCCCUGACCCCAAAAAUAAGAAAAAAUACAAUAUAUUUUUUUAGGAACUCAGUCGGGCUCUCAACUUAGAAUAGUAGAAUACACAAGGUGCAAUUUUCAUCAGCCCCCAUUGAUUGUGUUAGUCACUCUCACUCAGAUAUCAUGUUAACAUGGCAUAAGUAAUGGCAAAAUGUGUAGAAUUACAGAAAAUUGCUUUAAAACUGCAACGUUUUCUCAACGGCCCAUAGCAAAAUGAGUAGAAUUGCAUGAAAUUAACUUUAAAACAAAAAAAUUCUCUCCGCUGUCAAGAUGGGAGCCAGUAAAAUGUAUUGCACGCAAAUCUCGCUUAGGGCCCCCAAAAGGCCAGGGCCGGCCCUAUCUACUGGUAUAAUGCGUUUAGUUAAAGGUCUAAUGCAGCUGUUUUUAUCUCGAUAUCAAAUCAUUUCUGGGUAACAAUUAAGUGUCUUACUUUGAUUUUGUUUUCAAGUAGCCCUUUACACUCGUACGGGUUGAAAAUGGCAGAUUUGGGCACUAAUAAGCGCGAGUACAUUGGAAUGUAGUGGCUGUAACAUGCUAUACAUGACGUCAGAGCUCAGGGUCUCAGCUUCACAGCUCUGAAUGGGUUUUGACUGACAGAUGUUCUGAACUUGAGCACCGCCUGUGACAAGAAGUUGCCCCGAUCCCUCCAGGUAAUUAGGCAACUUUUGCAAAAAAAAAAUGUCUGAGUGAGGGAAAUGCUGUAAAUUAAGAUAACAUUUUAUUUUGAAAGAUGAGACAUUGAGGAUUAUUAAUAAAUACCGCUUUGAUGUCAUACAAGCUAGCCAAAAACAAAUGUGCGCUUCACAUAUCCAAAUCAUCAGUCAACGUUUAUGAUCACUAUGUUUGAUGUACAGUUACAAGAUGACAUGUCGUCAUACCCUGGGUUGUUCUGAACAGAAUGAGCCGAUGUUUGUUUAUUGUUAAGAAAAUGUGCCGCGGCACACGCACCUGAAUGCACUGACUCCUUUCUAUGCGCACCAAAAUUACGAUCUGUUUCUCUGAAUUGCCUUGUGAAAGCCUAACACUGUAAGAUCAUAUUUUAUAACUUAGCUAGUCAUGUUGGCAAUAGAACACGCUUUCAAAUCACGCCCACCUGACCUAGAUUGUGAUUUAUAAUGGUCCGUUUUUUGGAUUGCGUAAACAACAACAGUAAUUGUGUGCAAGUGUGCUUGCUCUAGUUCCUGAACGGCACAGCUAGGAGAGCUCAAAAAAGUACCUUCUAGUUGAAGACUAUUCUUUGAGUCAUAAAAGUGCAUUGAAAUUGCUUAGGAACUGUGUACAUUUUGGAGAGGUGUGUGGCCACUUUGAGACACCAGUUAGUCAUCUCACUCAAACCCUUGUCAUUUUUUUGUCAACAAAUAAGGUUAAAGUACAGUAAAUGUAAAAUGCACAUAAAAUUAACAGUGUAAUGUUUGGAUUCAGUCUUGUCAGGUGAACUGUUGUCCUCACCUUUGGUCUAAUAAUGUUCCCAUUAUCUCCAAACUGUUCCCUUUCAAUUGCUACCAUGGUUAAGCAUAUGCUUUUCAUACAGUUGAAGUCGGAGGUUUACAUACACCUUAGCCAAAUACAUUUAAACUCAGUGUUUCACAAUUCCUGACAUUUAAUCCUAGUAAAAAUUCACUGUCUUAGGUCAGUUACGAUCACCACUUUAUUUUAAGAAUGUGAAAUGUCAGAAUAAUAGUAGAGAGAAUGAUUUAUUUCAGCUUUUAUUUAUUUCAUCACAUUCCCAGUGGGUCAGAAGUUUACAUACACUCAAUUAGUAUUUGGUAGCAUUGCCUUUAAAUUGUUUAACUUGGGUCAAACGUUUCAGGUAGCCUUCCACAAGCUUCCCACAAUAAGUUGGGUGAAUUUUGGCCCAUUCCUCCUGACAGAGCUGGUGUAACUGAGUCAGGUUUGUAGGCCUCCUUGCUUGCUCACGCUUUUUCUGUUCUGCCCACAACAUUUCUAUAGGAUUGAGGUCAGGGCUUUGUGAUGAAGCGCGUAGAGUCUUUCCUCGGUUGCAACACUCACUACAGAGUUCCAAACAUGCCUUUGGAAGCAACGUCAGCACAAUAAAAAAUGUUGUGGCUGUUGAACAAGUUGAGGAGACUAAAUUAUUUGGCGUUACCUUAGAUUGUAAACUGUCAUGGUCAAAACAUAUAGAUUCAAUGGUUGUAAAGAUGGGGAGAGGUCUGUCUGUAAUAAAGAGAUGCUCUGCUUUUUUGACACCACAUUUAAAAAAGCAAGUUCUGCAGGCUCUAGUUUAGUCUUAUCUUGAUUAUUGUCCAGUCGAGUGCUGCAAGGAAAGACCUAGUUAAGCUGCAGCUGGCCCAGAACAGAGCGGCACGUCUUGCUCUUCAUUGUAAUCAGAGGGCUGAUAUAAAUACUAUGCAUGCCAGUCUCUCUUGGCUAAGAGUUGAGGAGAGACUGACUGCAUCACUUCUUAUUUUUAUAAGAAACAUUAAUGUGUUGAAAAUCCCAAAUUGUUUGCAUAGUCAACUUAAACACAGCUCUGACACACAUACUUACCCCACCAGACAUGCCACCAGGGGUCUUUUCACAGUCCACAAACCAGAACAAAUUCAAGAAAGUGUACAGUAUUAUAUAGAGCCAUUAUUGCAUGGAACUCCGUUCCAUCUCAUAUUGCUCAAAUGAACAGCAAACCUGGUUUCAAAUAACAGAUAAAGCAACACCUCACGGCACAACCCCUCUCCCUAUUUGACCUAGAUUGUUGGUGUGUAUGUACUGGUAUUGAUACGUAGGCUACGUGUGCUGUUUUUUAAAUUUUUUAUGUAGUUCUGUCCUUGAGCUGUUCUUGUCUAUUAAUGUUCUGUAUAAUGUCAUGUUUCAUCUUUUGUGUGGACCCCAGGAAGGGUAGCAGCUGCUUUUGCAACAGCUAAUGGGGAUCCUAAUAAAAUACCAAAUACGAAAAUCUUCCUCUGAGGAAAUGGCAAGCAUUUUUUAAACGGUCUGUUUGAAAGUUUGAGGUGGGGUUUUUGAAGUGUUUUCUUUAAUUUUUUCAAAAAUGUAUGCUUUGGCCACAUAGGAGUAUAGGAUGAGGCAACAACAUUAUUUGGGUAUGAGUUAACAGAACAUUAACUUUUAAAAGUGAGGUUUUCACUGGACAGUUACUUUAAACAGGAGCAGCAGGAAUGGGUGGAGGGGCUCCAAUAACAUCCCCACUGAUUCUCUCUGGUUCACCACUCUCCCAGGGCAGAGCAUAGUCAGAGAGGGGAGAGACUAGAGGAUCAAGUGCUAUAAAACUUCAGUUUUUCAGAGUUCAAAUUAGUAAGGCUUGUCUGAAACAACAUGCCCACCACCCUCCACUCAAACUGGGACUCCACCUCUCAGGCCACACAGAGUAGACAUAAAAGGACAGGGAAAAUGGAAUAGGGUGUUCACAAAAGAAUCCAUCUGUCCACUGGAAAGUAUUGAGUUGUUAUGGGUCAGUGGGGUCAUGUAUUUUCUUCUCUGUGUGCACAACAGAAGUCUGGUGGUAAAGUAUUGUGGCUUUAGAGAGGCGAAGCGUUGAGCGCUUUAGAUUUGUCUGUCUGCAGUUUGUUACUGUUGUGAAACACGCAUAUUUCAUAUGUACUCCUUUUACUAGAAAGAAAGAAAUUAUUAAUGUUUUCAUAUGUUUUUUAUCUUUGAAGGUGAUACAUUAAUUGUUGUUAUUCACUGAGAUGUUUCACCGUUCUCUCUUUGUGUUUGCAGGCGAUCUUUGAGCUUUCUCAGGGGGAGCAGGAUCUCGUUGAGGAUCUGAAGCUGGCCAAGAAGGUACGAUCUGCUUUACCAGAUAAUUUCCCUUUUCAUUGAGCGUGUCACAGCUGAGUUAUUCUACCCUGCUGAUCAGCCAGGCUCCAGUUUCCCCUGGGCUCACACCCCUUUGUGUUUGGGGCAGGAGGUUUCUCAAGUUGUUAGUCACACAGCACUUUCUAUAUAUGACCAUUACAGUAGAUGUUCUCUGUUGAUGUACAACAAGAUGCCAACAGAUGUUUAGUCUAUAAGUCCAAUACUGUUGCUGGAGUGAAAAUAUAUUUUAUAUCUUAUGGACAUGUCCCGUUAGACGUCCGUUGCCUUUUUUAGUGCUGUUUUGUCAAGGGGAUGAUUUUUUUUUUUCCACAAAUAUUGGAUGUGUUGUUUAUAUUCUGUCUGAGCUAUGUAGCUUUAUCAAACACUUGUUUAUUAGUAGCAUACGACGUGGAUGUCUACAUUCGAAAACCCCAAGGGUUUUUCCAUCUUCAGGGCUCACUCUUGAUUCAGCUUUUAAUGCUUCUAAAACUUGUUUUAAUGUAACAAGUGAGUAAUAUAGUGUAAAAAUAGUGUUCUAACUUGCCGUUCUUCUUUUUCUGUACCUGUAGGCGUACCAUGACCCAAUGCUGAAACUGUCCAUCAUGACAGAACACGAGCUCAACCAGAUCUUCGGAACCCUGGAAUCUCUCAUUCCGCUGCAUGAAGGUGAGAAUGAACAUACACACACAAACACAUACACAUACAGUCAUACACACACACACACACCCCCAAAUGAGCCAUUAGGGGCUCCCGAGUGGCGCAGCGGUCUAAGGCACUGCAUCUCAGUGCUUGAGUUGUCACUACAGACCCCCUGGUUCGAUUCCAGGCUGUAUCACAACCGGCCGUGAUUGGGAGUCCCAUAUGGCGGCGCACAAUUGGCCCAGCGUCGUCCGGGUUUGGCCGGUGUAGGCCGUCAUUGUAAAUAAGAAUUUGUUCUUAACUGACUUGCCUAGUUAAAUAAAUAAAAAUUGACAGAGGUUGAGACCACUCCUUCUACUCACUAUUCAGAUCUGCUGAGUCGACUGCGAGAGGCCAGGAAACCAGACGGCUCCACAGAACGUGUGGGACACAUCCUAGUGGACUGGGUAAGACCAUCCGUUUCCACUUCAUCUCCAAGGCACAUGGUUUAAGCCUUUAUCUAUUGGUCACUUUAAACAAUGAAAAGUGAAACAAAGCAAGUUCUCUGUCUUCAUGCUAGAACUUCAGGUCAACCCACCAUGAAAUGGACCUUCAAAGAUGAAACGAUCGUCCUAAGUUUUUCUUCUUUGUUUUCUCGACGAAGAACGAGGUGAUUGUUAGUGAUGUUCCUAUGAAAGGGGGUUGUGAGUCUAAUGCUGCCUCCAGGGUAGUCAUGUGGAUGUAUGAAUGUGAACAUGCACCCAUCAACCCCUCUUCCAUCGACAUCAACUCCCUUCACAGAGUGAAGCAUUAGAAAUAGAAGUACUAUUUUAUACUUCUUCUUCAUGCCUCUUCAACUGUAUUAGAGGAGGUCCAAUGUCCUUCCAUUCAGGCCACCUUCUCCAAAGCAGUUUAAAAAGGAGGUGAUGAGAGAUUAUUCGAGGAAUCAAGGAAAGAUUAAUUAAGGAAGAGCCUCUAGCUCACAGUAAACAUUAUUUAAUUUUUUUAUCCUGGUCAAACUCUUGGCCAUAUAAGAUUAUACCAAGAAAGCGUAUCUGAUUGUUUACUUGGAAGAGCAUGAUCGAUGUCAGGGCCUAUAUUCCCCAGCACAGCCAAAAGGAUGUUAUGGUUCUCAUCAGGCCUCUCCCCCUAGCUUUGUAUGAGUGUGUUCAGUAUAAUUGUGUGAUGGUUUUGACUGUACAUUCCUGCAUGCCUCCAGAGUUUGGCUCUGGACAUACUUUACCUACUGUAGGUAGUAUUAUAUAUGGUUCAGUGGCAGCGGGAUUUUCUGCUCCCCCUCCCUAAUGUCCUGCUUCUCAGAACUACCUGGGAGACACACACACAGCUGUUUCCGAAUACCCAUACUUGUGUACUAAAUAUUAGGCUGAUUGGGUAUGCAAAAAUAUAAAGUUUUAUAGUAUGUGCAAUUUAGAAAAUUCUAUAUGCUUUAAAUGCCAUUUUGGAGUUUCAUCUAGUCGAAUUCUCUGCAAACUAUUGAGGAAGACAAACGUCUUUUCAGACACGUUUGUUUGACAAAAGCUGAUAAUCAUCUGAUAAUUAGAUUAAUAUCACUUUUGGUCAAAUGCACACAAUGUCAAACCCCUCCGAAAGACAGACGUACACAUACAUAUACAGGUUUUUGAAGAGGUAUGGGGGGCUGCCACACUGGGCGCCUGUUGUUGUGGGGAGUUAAGUACCUUGCUCAAGGGCACAACGGCAGGCAAUGGCAUGUAGAAUUUGAUGUGGCAACCCUCCGUUUGCCAGCUCAAUUCCCGCCUGAUUUUUGAAGUCGGACCCGGGAUUCGAACUGGCAACUCUCCGGCUGCUGGCUCGCUUCUAACCGCUAGGCUACCUGCCGCCCCUUCAGAUAAGGGGACGUGCUAACAAAAUGAACGAAUGGGGAAACAGCGCAAUUGCGCAUUAGAUUACACAUUUUCAGUAUGGGUGAGCAUAGUAUGCUGAUAUGUGUUGCUUACUGCAUACAUUGUUACUAAACAGUACGUUCUAAAUAGUAUGUAAUUUAGUAUGAUUAGUACACAGUAUUUAGUUUUAGUAAGUAGUAGGCAAGAGAGAUUUCAGCCACACACCCACACUCACUUAGCCCUUCUCUCUGUACUUCUGUUCAUCCUCUGUGCUCUGGCUGCACCAGCCCAGUUACAUUCCUAUAGCUUUCAACGUGAUGUAGUCCAGGUACAUGGAAGAGCAGUUUGCCAAAAACUCUAGCACACUGGUACUCUAUUCUUGUAUUGUUCUCAAUAUAUAAAAACGAUUAUUGUAUUAUUCUCAAUAUAUAAAGACUUGGAGUCUUUGGUUGUAUGGGAAUACUACACAGAGCUAGAACAGGAACGUAUGGAGGCCUAACAUCUGAAACAUUUGCACAAUAAAUAAGUGAUACUUUGCAAGUGUGCACUUAACUGAAGCAGAAACACCAUUACUGACCUCUUUCUCUAUCUCCCUCCCUCCCCUCCAGCUUCCCUAUCUAGACUCCUACAACUCAUACUGCAGUAAUCAGGUGGCAGCCAAGGCUCUGCUGGACCAUAAGAAGCAGGACCACCGGGUGCAUGACUUCCUGCAGCGCUGCCUUGAGUCGCCCUUCAGUAGGAAGCUGGACCUGUGGAACUUCCUGGAUAUACCCAGGAGCCGGCUGGUCAAAUACCCCCUGCUGCUCAGGGAGAUCCUCAAGCACACGCCUAACGACCAUCCGGACCGACAGCACCUGGAUGAGGCAGUGAGUAGAGCGGGAAAGGGGGAGAGAGGGAGAGACCCACAUAUACGCAAACACGCACACUGACACCCCCACACAAAUGUAAACACACACACACACACAAAUCCCCACUCACAAUCCCCUAUCUCUUCCUCUCUCCAGAUCAACAUGAUCCAGAGCAUUGUGGCAGAGAUCAACACCCAGACAGGCGAGUCAGAGUGUCGUUUCUACAAGGAGCGUCUCCUCUACCUUGAGGACAGCCAGAGAGACCUGCUCAUUGACCACUCCCGCAUCCUCAGCUGUCACGGGGAACUGAAGAACAACAGGGGUGCUGUGAGUAGUGCUGCCUGUCGAUCAUAAUAACACAAUGCUUUGGAGUGGCAGAGGGGCGGGAUAGGAUAGGGAGGGAUACAAAAGGAUAGGAUGGAUAUUUGUAAGGAUGGAAAUUUGCCUGAAUAAUAACAUGGACGCUGUGAGUGUCUGUCCAUUACUUUUCAGUGUCAUUCACACAAAAAGUACUUUAACACUGCACUGUAACAUCCACUGACAGUAAAUGACAAUGCUUAAGAACACGCCACUGCUAGCUACGUCCUCUGAAGUAAGUAAGGUCAAUGGUGAGAAGAUGUUUGUUAAGAGAGGGGGCAGUGUCUUCCUCUAAGAGACUUACCUUAUUGCCAUUUAGAUAUAUGAAUAGCCUCUAAAUCCACACAGACCCAUGAUGGUACGAGCAAACCCUUUGACCAUGACCCCUAAAGCACCUCGCUCUCACCACAUAUCAAUCUGUCUACUGGAGGUCAGGGGUCUGCUCUGAGCGCGUAGGUUCACCUCUAGGCCCUCUCUGGGUCAUCUUUCCUGCUGAGAUAACAACAACCCGAAUAGAGGAGAGGUUUCCUGACGUGGGUUCAAAUACUAUUUGAAAUCAUUUUAAAUGCAGGGCAGUCCUUAAGUGCUGAUGUUGUACAGUAAGGAUCUGGAAAGAUUAUGUAUGGAGGAAUGGUCUAAGAUCCCUCCUCCCAAUGUUCUCCAAUCUCUCCAAGCUCAAAGAGGGUGGCAGGUAGCCUAGCGGUUAGAGUGUUGGGUCAGUAGCUGAAAGGUUGCUGGUUCGAAUCCCCGAGCUGUCAAGGUGAAAAAUCUGUCUGUGCUCUUGAGCAAGGCACUUGACCCUAAUUUGCUCCAGGGGUGCCUUACUACUAUGGCUGACCCUGUAAAACAACACAUUUCACUGCACCUAUCCAGUGUAUGUGACCAUAAAAUAAUAAUAAAUACAUAAAUAUUUUAGAAAAAGGCUGUGUAUUUUUUGCUUAUCUUUAUCAUGGGCGCCAAUCAUUUUGGACCUGACUGUAUCUCUGAGAUUUGUGUAUGAAAUACAGCUUGGCAACUGGAGUGUAUUUAAAGUAAAGAUACCAUCCACACUGGUGAUAUUUUAACUAUUUUCUAGUCUGAGGAGUUUGAUUUCCAGGAACAGUUGAUAUAAAAACUAACUUGACCUGCUGCUGAAAUACAUGUAUCUGUCCGUGUUUGGUCCAAUGACAUUAUUUCCAAUGCAGUUCUUAAUUGUAUUGUAUUAUGAUGUAUUGCAUUUUAUUUUUGGAUUGCUUACUGCUGCCUCCAAGGCUCCCUUUAUCUCUCGUGGACAGACUACUACGUAAAUGAGCAUCUGACCAAAUUACGCAAGAGGGCUACCUUUUAAAAAAGAGAUUCCUACCUCAAUGAGAAACCUUGAUAAAUAUAUGUUUCAAAUGAGCCAAAAACACCAUACCCUAAAACCCUUCUCUUCCCGCUCGCUCCAGAAGCUGCAUGUGUUCCUGUUCCAGGACGUGCUGGUCAUCACUAGAGCCAUCACCCACAAUGAGCAGCUGCACUAUCAGCUGUACCGCCAGCCCAUCCCCGUCAGAAAGCUGCAGUGGGAGGACCUGCAGGACGGGGUGAUACGCCUGGGAGGCUCCAUCAGAGGAGCCUUCAGCAACAACGAGAGGAGUGAGUGUUUACUCCAUAGAAUUACAUAUAGAACAUUUGAAUAUGAGUUAUAGGAUCUCUAUGGUUUAUCCCUAGUGGAUCGGGACUGUUGCCGCUGAUGACUGGAGCUUGACACCCCUGGACUAUUAAUGCUGUGGUCAUUAACUUGCAAUCUGCUUGUAUCCAAUUUCCCCCUGUCUAACCUCUUCAUCUCUCCUCAGCCAAGAACUUCUUCAGAGUGUCGUUUCAUUGCAGUGGCCAGCUCCACUCCCACUCCUUCCAAGCCAGCGAUGCCUUCAACAAACAGCAGUGGCUCAACUGCAUUCGCCAGGCCAAAGGAGCUGCUGAGUCGGCCAUGGGGGUGGUGGGGACCAGUAGCAGUGACCCAGAGCCCCCUCCAAGCCCACUCAGCCCCCAGGGCCUUCUGAGCCCUGCAACACCUCCCCUCUCAGGACCACUGGCCCCCCAGCCAAAAAGCAUGGACCAUUGCGACAGUGACUCGUCUGUAGACUCUCUAGGCUGUAGCAUGGACAUGGACACAAGCGUUGCCCAGAUGGACCAAACACACUCUAGUAGCAGCAGGCCAUCAGAAGUUUGA